UGUAUAUAUGUAGUAGAUAUGCUAUGUGCAUGCGUAUGUUCAUGUCUACACGUCUGGCUUUCGCGUGUGAGUGCCCAUGGGAUAUGCCUGCCUACCCUCACCGCGGGCAAGUUUUCAGAGGCGAAGCGAAACCGCGAUUGCUUCGAAUGGCGCAGUCUCCUUCACCCUCCCGAAUCUCAGAGGGGUGUUCUUCCCGAUCCUGCGUGGGUGGUCACCUCCGAAGGACGGCUAUCGCUGUUGCUGCGCUUCAUGGAGACGUACGACCCCACGCGUUUCGGGUCCAUCUGACAGAGCCGCGAUGAAGAAAGAUCGAUCGAUCGGCGGACAUCGGUCUACCAUGUAGGGAUGUGUGUAUGUAUGUGCGUAUGUAUGUGCGUAUUGUGUGCAUGUAGGUAUAUUCGCGCACAUCUAUGCCGUCUAUAUGCAGGAAUGGGUGGAAGCGAGACCCGGCUGAUCACAUGGGAUACACGACGGGCACACGGGAAAGCAAAACGCGAUGACACGUACUAUUCGCCGCCCUUCGAGCAAAAUGGCGCUGUGGCCGCGGCUCGGGCCUACGCGGGAUGCGAAAAGGGAUGGGGCGGAGGGUGCGCCGCCGGAAUAGCCUUCCCCCUCCCCCCGUCGUCGAGCAUGUAGCUUGCGUAGCACCCGUGGCCCUGGCACCUGCCGCUACCCCCAACCCGACGGCACGUCGAAG